UACCUUGAUUCUUGAGCUGUGACUGAAUCAAGCUGUGAAUUAAUGAAAAAGAAAGUGUUCUGCACCACAGGAAGUGACAUUGUCAGAGGAACUGUUUGAGACGACACACUCCAGCUGGUUUUUCACCUCUCAUCUUCAUAAUCGACUCUAUGAUCCAAACCAUACUUCAGUAAAGAUCUGUUAAAUCAGUCUGAUGUUCAGUGCUUUGGAGCUUUUCAUUUCCCCAAAUCUUAAGCACAUAUUCACUGAACAUGGACUGUGGUAUAACAAUAUUCUCUCUUUUUCUGGUGGCUGCUUCAGGACAACGGCUGCAACAGGACCAGAUAUCAAAGACUAGGAGAGAGAAACAGAGUGUCUCCUUCGGCUGCAAAGUUACUGGUUCGUGCUUUGGUAACCUGGUCCACUGGUACCAGAAGAGAGAGGGUGAACCCUUUUCUUGGAUUCUAUACUUUGAUUUCGAUGACAAUUCUGACAGCCGUGCUACCACUCAUCCUCAGAGAGCAGAUUUCUCUGUUAGGGGGGAGUCUGACUCCAGUAAUCUUAUGAUCAAGUCCGUUAAAGUGUCCCAUUCUGCCACCUACUACUGUGCCUGCUGGGUCUCGGGAACCCACAGCCAAACACAGUGCAGGCUACUUUUUGACAAGGGAAUUUUCACUGUGUAUGUACUUGUAUUUGGAUCUGGUACGAAACUUUAUGUGACAGACAACAAUAGUGUACAAAACCCCAAAGUGACGGUCUACCCAGCGUCCAAACCUGAGCCAAAUAGGAAAACCACCCUGCUAUGUUUGGCUAGAGACAUGUUUCCAGACUUGGUCAAGAUUUCAUGGAAGAUGGUGGAUAAAAAUGGCCGAACAGUAGAGGUACCCAAAGCAGAGAGGGAAGAGCUGGAGCAGAGGGAGGAAGGACGGACGACCAGUAUGAUCAUCAUUGAUAAAGACAAGACAUACAGCAACAAAUACAGCUGUUCUGUGGAACAUGAAGGGGGCCCUCAAGAUGUUGACAUACCAGAAGAGGAACCAACUCAAGCUUCUCCAACCACCAUGGCUGCAACAACCACUUUGCAGGUUACCUAUGAUGAACCAACUGAAGCUUCUCCAACCACCAUGGCUGCACCAACCACUCUGCAGGUUACCAACGAUUCAUUCAAGUCCAUAUGCGGUCUGAACUUGGCCUCUCUGGUUUACACAGUGAUGAUAGUGAAGAGCAUGGUGUACUGCUAUGGGCUCUCUUUCCUGCUGCACUACAGGAACAUGGGUUGUAGACCCAAAACCUGUAGACAAAUUCAUUGAAAGGAUAUCCCUAUAUAUUGUGUUUCCCUCCUUAAAAUGAAUAUCACAUAAUAUUUACUUUUGAUGAUUGUGGGAGCCACCCACUACAGACACUUGAAUACGGUUCAGUUAAGGAGAGCAAAUCUUGAUGGUAGAAAUAUGAUUGAAAUAUUGACAGUUUUAUUAAAGUUGCCUUGCUAUAU